AUGGCAGCAUCAGAGCUCUCUAAUUUCCAGAGAUUCCAGCAAAUAUUGAAAAAGCCUCCAUUGGCCAUGGUGGGUGAAAACGACGUUACGGAGUCGAAAUUACCCGCACCACCACCCCAAGCACCGUCAUGGGACGGGACUACUACAUCGCAAGAUUCAUACAACCCGAUUUACGACCCGCGUGAACCCGAUGAAACUUCUUCUAUAGUCCCCUUUUUGCAAGAAACGGCUCAGUGGGAUAAGCAGUCGCAACGCUAUUUAGAGCAUGCAGAAAUCCCAGACGAGAGCUGGACGGUAUGGAAAGCUAUUGAGCACAACAAGAAGCCUAAAGCGUGGAUUCGACACCAGAAGACGUUUGAUAAGUUAGGCGUGAAGAUACUUGAUCGGCUAUUGAUUCGAGCUGAUGAUGCAACUUUGAGGUUCUUGAAUGAAAAAGGAUAUCCAUUUUCCGGUCUCGAUGCUUCAAUUGAUCGAGACGACACAGGCAUCUUUCGAAGAAACUUCAACGAAGAAAGGUUUUACAGGAGAUCAGAGAAUGCUGAAAUUGAUGAAAAGCUAUUCAGGAACUUGUUCCUCCGAUAUAAUGAUAUCCAGGAGAAGAUUGAGGCCACAUCACUAGCAGUGGUACGGCGGAUCCUCAUUACACUGAUAGACUUCCUUGACUACUACUUCCCUGGCGCCAGACAAAGCUAUCAGGAUGCCUGUAGCAGUGGAACGAUCUCAUUCUCACAUCUUUGGACGCUGUUUCGACCCGGGGACAUUUCAUACGAGAAACAUACUAUCGCGCCAUUCCAGGAUGUAUACGAGCAAUGCUUUGGUGUUGACGCAUGCGAGGAGUCUGUGAGCCAAUAUGACGGUACCAGGGUACUUCUUCUACGCUUAGCAGAGAUAACUUACAGCCCUGGCCAGCACCACAAUCCAGGCCCCAGAAUGGGUAUGACGACUCGUCACAUACGCGAGUACGAUGGAGUCAAACAAGUGACCGUGGAAGACUUGGGUAUUAUACCUUUCAGUCUGAUGGAGGUGGAGAAGCAGGAUGCUAUAAGGGCGAAGCUAGUCCAAAGGGGGCGUCGCUUCUUCCAGGUUUCCAAACUUCCAUUUAGCUUUUGGAAUUACAAGGGACCAUAUACAAUUGUACAUUCAUUGACGGGGAAGGGAACAAUUGAGGAAGCUAGACUUUCUUCAGCAGAACGUCAUUGGCAGAAACAUACCCACGAGAACGUAGUGAUCGAUAUAACUACUUCGAAGGUUCACUUCGGCAGUCGGUUCUAUGGCGAACUGGAAAGCUACAACAGCAGUGAAUUCUGCACAAAACGAGAAGACCCACGAGUUAUCCCUCCAAUCGACGUUACAAAUGAUGAUCCCACUACGGAGAUGUUGCUCUUGAUUUGUCGGGGACACUUGCCUGGCUACAUGCUCUCUUCGAGCGUGUAUGCAGUAGGUAUUCUGGUAUCGGAACUGCGUCCACCAAUGUGGGCACCACAGCCACUUCCAUCAGUAACAGCGUCGUUAUUGCCAGAUUCGGUACAUUGGCGUGGUUUGGUGCAUUGCUUCCUUGGGGGAAGUGAGAAGCUAGAAGUAGACCUUGGACAACGCCAGACCCAGGGUAGUGGUCUUGUGUUGUCGUUAGAAGGAUCGAAAAUUAUAGCUAGAAAGGUUGCGAAUGAGAUUUCUGGACACCUGGAGAAACCUUUAUUGUGUAUUACUAUUCUCGAUCACAAUCUCAAGUUGGAAGAAAUUACUAAAGCGGCACUUCGUUGGGGAGCUAUACUAUUUAUAGAGUUUCGCAAUAUGCCUCCUAAUCAGUUCCCUUACAAAUCUUUAGACUUACGCAACCUCGCGUCUUUCUACCCAAGCGUCAUGCUGAUAUCAUGUACCUCGACCAAAGAGCUAGGGGCUCACUGCGAAGAAAUGAUCGACAGCGUGAUUUCAUGCAGACUGCCCUCGAAAAACGAGCCUACUGCCUUAUGGGAAUUGGCUAUUGCUGAACAAACUCCAGAUUUGUCGACAGACAUGUCUGGCAAACAAUUGAGUGAGAUUUGUCAAUUCCUGGCUCAGCUCGAAAUAUGUGAGACACGGAUGGAGAAAAUCCUGAAGACAGCUAAGAGAAUGGCAGCGAUUGAAAAGGUUCGGUUUUCUCUCGAGCAUGUCGUUGCUGUGAUUAGAUUAUCGGUAUACCCAGACAAGCUCACCGAGUUUGAGGGUGUAAUGGGAACACCUGCGUGA